CAGACGUGACGCUGGACCCGGACACAGCCCACCCCCGCCUCGUCCUCUCCGAUGACCAGAAGAGCGUGAGGUGGGAAUACGUCCUGCGGGACUCUCCCGACAGCCCGGAGCGCUUCGACGCCGAUCCCUGCGUGUUGGGUUGCGAAGCCUUCACCUCCGGCAGACACUACUGGGUGGUGGAUCUCGCCGAGGGACAGUACUGCGCCGUGGGGGUCAGCAAAGAGUCUCUGCAGAGGAAGGGUUCCAUCAGCUUCAACCCCGAGGAAGGGAUCUGGGCGGUGCAGCAGUGGGGCUUCCAGAACCGGGCCCUCACCUCCCCUCCCACCCUCCUCAACCUCCCGCGGGUCCCCAGGAAGAUCCGCGUCUCUCUCGACUACGAAUGGGGGGAGGUGGCGUUUUUCGACGUGGACAACGCAACACCCAUCUUCACUUUUCCGCCGGCGUCCUUCGCCGGCGAGCGGAUCCGGCCAUGGUUCUGGGUGGAGCUGGGCUCGCUCUCCCUGGUCCAGUGA